GGAUAGUUAAGUUCCCUCCUCCAGACAGGGAACCAGCACCUUGGACCAGACGUCAACACUCAAAACAUCGAGAUUUAAGCUUAACAUUCUCUGUAUUCUACACACUCCCACCCGCCUGUCCGCCAGACGCACCAAAGCAACACCCUGUGCCCAACAAAUCCGUCCUCACUGUCGCCACAAAAAAGCACUAAUGCUCCCAGAGAGAAGCUGUUUCUGUCAUAGGCUAGACUUAAUCCUGUUCCCAACGCCAAGUCCUGUCACCCGGGCACUCAGCUGGUCUUACUGCAGGAGCUAAAGGCGAUUAGUUAUUAUCAUUGAUCUGCUUCUCUUCUGUACAGUGUGAAAACUUUUUUUUCACGGGUGCUAAUGUCACCGUGUGAUUAAUAAGUAUAUAGAGAUGUGAGAUAAGCCACCUCCAUGCGAUGUUUAACUAAGAGUAUUUCAUUCUCUCGCCUCUUACUUCCUUCGGUGCCCACUAGAUGGCAGUGUCGUCCACGGCCGCCAGCCGCGCCUCCCUCUCUCGCCAGAGGUAAAUGCCACGUACUUCCACUCACUUUCUUUUUAGUUGCUUCUUCAUACUUCAUAAUCGCGAUAAGUGUAGGAUCCUAUUUUUUUCUGGUGUAGUGAUGUCUCUAGUGGCACGAAGCUUUAUGCUAAUGGCCACCAUUUAUCAAAAAUAUUGUCAGUAUCAUGCAUUGAAAAAAAAUCCUCUAAAUUUCAUCUGAUUUCAUGGAGCAGCAGAUGGGCGGGGCUAUCAUAUGUAACGAGUGCGAUGAUUGGCUAUUACGACAAGUGACAUCAUCUGAAUUUCAAUAUCUCUUUUCAAUGUGAUUUUUCUCUGACAUGCCAUUUUUACAUUAGGGUAUUGGCGCGGCAUGAGCAGAUUGUUAGAAAGCGGGCUGAUACACGCGAGCAAGCAUUCAUGUGCAGUCUGUCAGAAAGUAGGCUGUCGACACACCCUUGGGCGACCACUUAGGCUUGGUAGUCGCGUGUUCCACCCAACCCUCCGCUGGCAGGUCCGUCCCUUCCUCCACCCGCUGACCACCUUCAUCAUCGCCCAGUGACCGCUCAGCAUUAUUGUGCGCCAGUCACGUUGAAGGAUAUAUUUGAAGUCAAGAGCGAGUAAGUUAACAAGGACAGAAGAGGACAUAAGGAGUCAAUAAGAACCCGAGUUGUAACCACGACUAACUCAGACCCAGGGGAGGGCUGACCACCUCUUUUGUGACUUGACCACCCACGUGUCUUGUGCUUCUCGACUACUGUCACCGCCCUGAAAGAAAACGGAGUGAACGAGUGUCCUUGGCGGGGAGCGAGCGUGAAUCAUCGUCACUCGUCCCUCACGCGGGAAGACAAUGGUGCUCUAACAGGCGAGCGGUACAGCCUAUUUGCGUUGUGAAGUAGACUCUCUUCACCUCCAUCGAUUUAAACUCUUCCGACGUGAGAAACCUAAGCCACCGCGUCUCUCGGCUUCCACACCCACCGACAUGUUCAACCUUUCGGAGCUGGGCACGCUGGAGACGCCCUCAGGGGCAUCGCCGGCAACCUCCCUCACCUCAACGUCAGCUUCCAGCACCACGACUACAACUUCUAAAUCAGAGGAUCACGUGAAGAGACCCAUGAAUGCAUUUAUGGUGUGGUCAAGAAUCCAGAGGAGGAAGAUUGCUCUUGAGAAUCCUAAAAUGCACAAUUCUGAAAUCUCCAAAAGACUGGGAGCUGAGUGGAAGCUGCUGACAGACUCCGAGAAGCGGCCCUUUAUCGACGAGGCUAAACGGCUCAGGGCGCAGCACAUGAGGGACUACCCAGACUAUAAAUACCGGCCUCGAAGGAAGCCCAAGACCCUCAAGAAGGACGGCUACCCCUACAGCUUCCCCUACCUGCCCACCGCCCUCGAUCCUCUAAGCGCCAUGUCUCGCGGGAUGUAUUCCCAUCACUUCCCACCCGCGCUGACUCACAUGACAGCCGCCAUGGGAGGCAUGGGUGCGAUGAGCGGCAUGGGCGCUACCCUCCCCACCCACGCACCAUCAGAGUAUCAGGCAACGCUCGACUCAGAGAAAAUGCGAGCUGCUUUCCUUCCCACCUCGCUCAGUAGCCUGAGCGCCUUCCAGUCCCACGCCCUAUAUACCUCAAUGGCUGCUGCUCAGCAGAACAGUCAGUCCCACACUCCUACACCAACGCCAACACCCACUUCCCCGGAGAGCACCUCAACCCACACGGCUCUGUCCACCACCCUUGCGGCUCCUGUGGCCAAGUUAGCGCAAUCCCCACAGGAUGAGCGACGCGCCACCCCGCCCGCCACCACUUCGAGCUCGUCACCUCCGUAUAUGCCACCGUCACCCUUCUCUGCCCUGUACACGGCCCCUAACACUCUCGCACCUGGUCACCCACUGCUGUACCCAGCCCAAUACCCACCGAUCACCACGCCUACACAAGAUUUACGGCGUCCUCUCUCCGUCCUCUUCUCGUAGACUUCUAUGAAAUCUGACUGCCUCUAAUGAAGUUUGCCAUAUGCUGUUGCAAAACCCAAGCCUUCCACAGAAUAAAAGUAACUAAAAACGAGGAGGAAGACGCAAGCGGCUGGCGAUUUCGACAAAAAGGCUUUUGAUCCAGAGACUGUCAAAGUUUCCAACAAGAUCACAACAGCCCACCUUUCUUCUACCCAAGAAAAGACCAAGAUGACGCUUAUCAUCCAGUACUCCCAGCAUAAGAUGGCAAUAUGUUACCUGUGGAAUCUUGGGAUGAAAUACUUCGUGAAAAAUUCUAACUUUUAGUUGUAAUCCAGCUAACUUGUCAAUUAUCCACGUGAAAAUCUAUUUUAUGUAAAUAAACUCAGGACUGGCUAUUGUGUAAAUACAGUGACUGACCCUUCCCCAGCCCGCGACCAAACAAGGGACUCAACUUGACGGUAGAAAAGAAUAAAGAACAAGUAAAAUAUAUUCUGAAAAAUAUGAAAACCAAUGUACAAUGUACAAUGGUGAUGAAUAGCUUUUCACGCAUUGGGAAGAAGCAUCUACCCAGAACGCUAGUGUGUGUGUGUGUGUGUGUGUGUGUGUGUGUGUGUGUGUGUGUGUGUGCGCGCGCGUGCGUGCGUUAAAUUGAAAUGAACUUCCAGUUUAUAUAAUAAGAAUAUUAAUGUUGUUUGAAUAUAUGUGUACUGCGGAUUUGGGUUGGGAGUUUAUAGUCUCACGUUCGAUAUAGAAAGAUUUUAUCAUCAAAAAAGCCAUAAGCAUAUAUUUUAAGGGGCUCCAGUCCACCUACACGCUGCAAACCACCUUUUUUUUCUCUCUCUUCUUAAGGAACAGGAUCACACUUCGUCCUAUCGUAUUCUUCUCCUCCUUGUACUUCCCAUUCCUAGAACCACAACGUGUAUGGACUGUGUGACAACAGUACUUGCUUGUUUAGCAGCAACGGGUCAGUCACUUCACGUUUGCUUAACAUACAGUGCGAUCGUGUUAGUCUUGCAUAUAGUUUCAUAAUUUUUAUUGUCAUUAUUAUUAUUAUUAUAUUACUAUUAUAUUAUUAUUAUUAUUGUUAUUAUUAUUAUUAUUAUUAUUAUUAUUAUUAUUAUCAUUAUUAUUGUUAUUAUUAUCAUUAUUAUUAUUAAUAUAUUUUCGUUACUACAACAAUUAUCAUUAUAAUUAAAGGUGAACACAGGGUGGUAAUGGAAGCAUGGUGGUGUCCCGUCUCCACCUGCUGUCUGUCUGCCAGGUUAAGGUGUUAUUUGAUGUCUAGUCGCAUUUUCGUGAAAGAAAAAUCCAGAAUACUGGUGUAUAUAGAUUUUGGGCUAUGAAUCUCACUGGACUCUUUUCAGCCAAGCAAGUGUCGUGCGUAGUGUAGUGGAGUGUAUAGUGUGCCCUGUGGUGACCACCCCUUCGAAAGUACUGACUGGGAUGGAUGUUCCAAGAGCACAGAGGAACCUGACUGUAUAAUAUUCAAUCUCAGUAUAGUAUUAUAUUUGUACUUUUUUUCUUGUCUUGACGAGCUCAGUGGGUGCGUGAGGGAGCCGGCGGUGGUGUCCUUGUGAAUGGGAGCUGGUUACGUUCGCCCCUUGUACAAGAAUGUUGCAUUAAAGUAUGUAAUUUUCAUGAUUUAAUAUGAUACAAUAAAUAAACUAUUUGGAUGUUCAGUAUUGUUCUACAGAUCCACUGAAAACUAACGUGGGUGAUCAAAAAUAUAUGAAUAUUUAGGCGUGGCUUUCUGGUUAUCCUCCACAGAAUGCCUCCCACUGCCUCUAGAUUAUGGUUUGUCUUGUGAGCUGCAGAAGACAAAAAGAAUGUCUUGUCAGUCACCUGGCCUUCACCACCAAUGAAUACAAGUGGAUGCCGACGGAGUACCAAAUUCCGCCCCUUAACUAUCAACUACGGAACAAAGUAACGCCGAUUAUUAUACUUUAUUUUGAUGUAUUUAUGAAAAAUUAAUUCAAAUGUGAAUAUAAUAAGACUUGUAUGAUAAUAUUUUUACUAUCCCAGGGGCCUGCUGCUGCCAUCCACCACGACACAGGUCCACCGCUAGGACUUCUUCGUGGUGUAAAAUUUGACGAUAAUGAAUUAUGUGUUAUUACUGUGUCGAAUAAAAUAACAAGGAAAA